AUGACAACAGAUCGAGCCACAGAAGAUAACCAGAGUGCUGAAAUCUCUCAAACUUGCACAAAAUCACAAGAAACAAGCAAUUACAUUACCAAAGGCGGCAAGGAUAAGUUGUUGAUUUCUAUAAGGGACUAUGUUAAUGACACAACAAAGAAACCCCUAAUAGCAAGGGUUCCAUCACUGCUGCGUGAAUCAAAAAAUGGUUGUUUUGAUCCUCUCGUAGUUUCGAUAGGUCCUUAUCAUCAUGGAAAUCCAAAGCUCAAAGCAUUUGAGGAGCUAAAAAUUCCAAUCGCGCAGAAAUUUUGGCAUGCCUGUGAAAAUAAACUCUCCAUCGAACUGAUGUAUGAAACGGUGGCAAUGGAGGGUGAAAGGGCCCGCGAAUGCUAUGAGAAAGACUCGGCUUGUAAUGACGUUGAAUUGUUCAACAGAAUAAUGUUUCUUGAUGCUUGCUUUGUGCUUUAUGUUUUGUGCACUAACUUACAGGAAGAGGAACAAAACGAAGUUACUGAACGACUGGUUAAGAGUUUCUACUCUGUGUUGAGGGACUUGCUCUUGCUAGAGAAUCAAAUUCCUUUACUAGUACUAAAAGUUCUGUUGAAAUUCAGGUUUCGAAGAGAAAAAGACCAGACACAAUUUAAACAGAAGUUCCUGAAGCCGUACAUCUUAAUGCCACCUCAGGGACAUUCAUGCACUAAUGCUGUCAUGAAAUUUCUUGCACAAAUGAAGGGACGCAGCACUACAAGUGGUCAAGAAAUGAAUGAAUGGAAAUUAGAGUUGGAUUCAAGCCCUCACCUUCUACAUCUACUGCGGGAACACUUCGUCAGUCCAUUUAUGCAUGAAGACUCAAACAAGAGCGCAUUGUUCAAAUGGGAAUCAAACAGAACAAGGAGAAGACGAUUUGAUAUUGGAAAUAAAAAGUUAUCUCGCCUUAUUUUUGGUACUCUUACACUUCCUCCAAUCAUCGUUGCUGAUUCAGAAAAAACUUUGCUAUUAAACUUGGCGGCUUAUGAAAUUAGUACACAUGACCCUUCUGAAUUGUGCAUUACGUUGUACAUUUGUCUGAUGGAUUCACUCAUUGAUAACGCUGAGGGUGUUAAACAGCCCUUGAAGAAUGGAAUUUGA